AUGUCACCAAACUCAGCAGCGUGGCUACUCGAGGCAAAGGCAACCGCCUUCGAAAUCAAACCCGUGCCUCUUUGGACACCAGCGGAAGGCGAGAUCUUGGUAAAGAAUCGUGCCGUCGCUAUCAAUCCUGUGGACGGCAGCCUUCAGAAUUUGGCAUGGUUGCCAAUGCACUACCCAACGAUUCUCGGUCAAGACGUUGCUGGAGAAGUUGUCGCGGUCGGCGCUGGAGUCACACGUUUCAAAAUUGGCGAUCGUGUGCUUGGUCAGGCUCUCGGAUUAACCACUCAACGUGAUUCAGACCAUGCCUUUCAACAGUACACCAUCGUCAAUUCAAAGGUGGCUACCGAGAUUCCAGCGAGUAUGUCUUACCAGUUUGCGGCGGUCAUUCCCCUUGGCUGCUCGACUGCCGCUUGCGGCUCGUCGAGUGUCGGUACAAAUGCUAUCCAGCUAGCGGCUGCUGCUGGAUACGAAGUCAUCGCUACUGCAUCGCCAAAGAACUUCGACUACGUCAAAAGCCUCCGUGCCAGCGAAGUGUUCGACUACAAUGAAUCCACUGUCGAGGGAGAUUUGAUUCUUAGUCUGUCCGGACGAACCCUCGUCGGUGUGCUCGACGCGAUUGGUGGAAAUGCCACCAUUGUCAGCUGCAACGUGCUUCACAAGGUUGCUGGUAAGGGACGUGUCGCAACAGCCAAGCGAUUCGGUGAUUACACUCCUCCAAAAGGCGUUGUACUAACGACCAUCUUUGCCACAACUUUGGCUGAGAGUCCCGUGGGGAAGGCCAUUUACGAGAGCUUUCUGCCAGGAGCUUUGGCGAAGGGUUUAUACGUUGCAUCGCCCGCGGCCGAAGUCGCCGGACAUGGAUUGGAGGCUAUUCAAGGAGCGGUCAAUCAGGUCACGAGGGGUGUUUCGGCAAAGAAGCUUAUUGUGACGCUAUAA